GACCGCCUGCCGAUAAUGGCUUCCGCCGCACUGGCCUCUCCCGCGCUGCACCCUCCGCCGUGCCGCCACCGCACUCCUCGCGUGCGCCCAGCAUCCGCCGCCGCCGUCGCUCCAUUGCCGCGCCGCCGUCUCGGCACCGCCGCGCGCUGCCGGGCGGUCGCCGCCCCCGCCGGGCCCUCGGCACCCGGGGUUGCGGAGAGGCCGGAGGCGGACGUGGUGGUGAUCGGGAGCGGGCUCGGGGGCCUCUGCUGCGCGGGCCUCCUGGCGAGGUACGGCCUCGACGUGGUGGUGCUCGAGAGCCACGACCGCCCCGGAGGCGCCGCCCACUCCUUCGACGUCAAGGGCUUCCACUUCGACUCCGGCCCCUCGCUCUUCUCCGGAUUCCAGUCCAGAGGGCCCCAGGCCAAUCCCCUCGCGCAGGUCCUCGACGCGCUAGGCGAAUCGGUUCCAUGUGCCUCGUAUGACUCGUGGAUGGUGCAUGUCCCUGAAGGCCAAUUCGAGUCACGGAUAGGGCCAACUGAUUUCCUCAAGGACCUUGAGACGUAUGUUGGCCUUGAUGCAACCCGGGAGUGGCAAAAGCUUCUAGAUGCAGUUCUUCCUAUAUCUGCAGCUGCGAUGGCUUUGCCUCCACUUUCCAUUCGAGGUGAUUUGGGCAUUCUUUCCACAGCAGCCAGUAGAUACGCCCCUUCUCUGUUGCAGUCCUUCAUAAAAAUGGGGCCUAAAGGAGCUCUAGGCGCUACAAAACUUCUACGCCCGUUCUCAGAGAUCGUUGAUUCACUUGACCUGAAAAAUCCCUUCGUUCGUAACUGGAUCGACCUCCUGUGCUUUCUACUUGCAGGAGUGAAAUCUGACAGCGCUCUUUCUGCAGAAAUGGUUUAUAUGUUUGCAGAAUGGUACAAACCAGGAUGCUCGCUUGAGUACCCUCUGGGCGGAAGUGGAGCAAUCAUAGAUGCCCUUGUACGAGGUAUCGAAAAGUUUGGUGGAAGACUUGCUCUUAAUUCUCACGUGGAAAAGAUUUUAAUCGAGAAUGGUCGGGCUGUUGGUGUCAAGCUACGAGGUGGACAAAUCAUACGUGCAAAAAAAGCGGUUGUUAGCAAUGCAUCUAUGUGGGAUACUUUGGAUCUGCUACCACCAGAUGCUGUCCCAAAAUCAUACCAAGAUAAAGUGAAAGCAACUCCACAGUGUGAUUCAUUUAUGCAUCUCCACUUGGGCUUCGAUGCAGAGAAUGCUAGAGAAGACCUCGGGAUCCAUCAUAUUGUGGUCAAUGAUUGGAAUAAAGGAGUUGAUGGUGAGCAGAACGUUGUGUUAAUAUCAGUUCCUAGCGUUCUUGGAGAGGGUCUGGCUCCGCCUGGAAAGCACAUCCUCCAUGCUUAUACACCAGGAACAGAACCUUUUGGUUUAUGGGAAGGGCUUGACCGGAAAAGCGCGGAGUACCGAAGCCUGAAAGAAGAACGUUCUGAGGUGAUGUGGAAAGCCGUGGAGCUGGCCCUCGGCCCGAAGUUCAGCAGGGAGAAAUGCGACGUGAAGCUGGUUGGCACGCCGUUAACGCACAAGAGGUUCCUCCGAAGGAACAAGGGAACCUAUGGCCCAGCCAUAAAGGCUGGAGAGGCGACGUUCCCGGGGCAGGCGACGCCGAUCCCCCAGCUGUUCUGCUGCGGCGACUCCACCUUCCCAGGGAUCGGGGUGCCUGCGGUGGCGGCAAGCGGCGCGAUUGUCGCCAACACGCUGGUGUCCGUGUCACAGCAUUCGGAGCUCCUCGACGCUGUCGGGAUCUGACCAUCUAAGUGCAGAACAUGUGCCAGCAGGCAGGCAGGCAGAGCUGUGGGUAUGGGAGUACAUACAUACAGGAGAAAAGAAACCACACAACAAAUAAUUCAGUACAUACACAAGGAAAAGAAUCAACAUUUUUAUGCAGUACGUACAUACAGAAGAAAUAGCAUAGAAACCUAUCAGCACAUACAGAAAAGGAAGAAAUAGCCAUAGUUUCACAAUGUAUGUAAUCUAGCUGAUGUUAUACACAAAGAAACAUGAUGGAGAAUGUAGACACAGGUGUUACAUUAUAUCUGUACAUUGCUGAUUAUUCAGGUAUAAAUAUAAUUACAUGGAGUUC